AUGGAAAUUUCGAAAUGUAAAAAAAAAAAAACAAACUGGAAGCAAGUUAAUGCUGAUAUUAUAAUUGAUUCAUCCAGAAAACCUCUCAACUGGGCUGAUGAAGUUGAUAAAGAAAUAGACACAAGUAUCCAAUAUACUCAUCAUGACAACAAUGCGUCAGGAAAGUUUGUGCUCCCUACAGCUCCUAGAGCAUCAAGGAGUACCGCUUUUGACGAAAGCAAAUUGCCAACAACUGGUCCCUUCCAGGCCUAUCUUUCAAACAUACCAUAUGAUCUUAAUGAAGAUGAAUUGGUAGCUCUGUUUCAGGACUUAAAGAUCAAAAGUGUCCGACUUCCUAAGGAAGAGAAGACUGCAAGAGCCAAAGGCUUCGGCUAUAUUGAGUUUGAAGAUAGAGCUAGUCUUUGCACGGCCUUGAGCUUAGGAGAUCCUACAUUAAAAGGCAGGAUCAUCAAAAUUGAACUAGCUACUAAUCUGGACAGUGGGGGUAGAGGAGGUAGAGGAGGCAGAAGAGAUGGUGGUCGAGAUCAAACAUCAUCUGAUCGGAUGACCGGCAAUUGGAGAACUGGUCCAAGGCAAGAAGAACCCGAAGAACGUAGUGGAUUUGAUCGAGGAUAUGGAGGAGGUAGAAAAGACUUUGGAUCAGGAGGUGGUGGUGGUGGAUUCAGUCGAGGAUUCGAUCGCGAGGAAAGAAGUGGAGGAAGUUUCCAACGAGAAGAUAGAUUUGACCGUGGUAGAGAAGAACGUGGGCGGGAUGAUCGAGGUGGUGGCUUCAGAGACCGGUAUGACCGGGAUAGAGGUGGCGGAGGUUACGGACGGGACCGUGAUGCUGGUGGCAGUAGCGGUGGCGGUUUCAGUGAUCGAAGUGGAGGCUUCAGAGACAGAGGCCGAGAUGAUGAUAGGUUUCCUCGCUCCGAUGAUCGUAGUGACAGGGGAGGCCAAUGGAGGGAAGAACCUAGGGGUGACAGAGGUUCAGUAGGUUUUGGCAGUGGCGGCGGAGGAAGGUUUGAAGGCAGAGACAGAGACAGGGACAGAGAUCGGGAUGGCAAAUAUGGGCCACCUCCAAGAAGAGAUGAUUUUCCACCCGCUGACCGAGAAUCUCGAACGAGACCAAAGUUGGCUUUGCAGCCAAGAACAAAGCCUAAAGAAGCUGCUGAAUCAGCGUCCACCUCUGCUUCUAUAUUCGGAGGAGCUAAACCAGUUGACACUGCUGCAAGAGAACGUGAAAUUGAAGAGAGGCUCAUGAGAAACGAUGAAUUCCCUGAUUCCAGAUCCAAGAGUGGUCCAGGAAGCACCGGCAGCAGAAGUGACAAAGGUGAUAAGCAGCAGUGGGAAGAAAAAAAGGUCGUUGAACCGGCACCACCUCCAAAAGAAAAUGCAUGGUCUCGAAAACCUCAGACAAUAGUUAAUAAUGGGCGAAGUAGUCCGGAAGAUGAAGUUCAGCAGUCUAGUAAUAGAGUAUCAGAAGACCGAAGCAGAGACGUCUUGAAGGAAAAACAUGAUGCAGAUGAUGAUUCUUCACGCAGUGCAGUUUCUUCAGGUAGGGUACAAAGUGGUUUGACAGAUAGGCCUAGGGGGAAAGAUGUUGACAAACCUAAUAAUAAGCAUAGGGAGAGAAAAGAAUGUGUAGAUGACAUUUCAAAGAUGCCUACAGUACCCGAAUCAAAAACACCUAACUUUGCAGGAUCAAAUAAAUUUAGCACACUUGUAGAUUCAGAUGAUGAACCUCCUACGGAAUAA